AGACUAAAUUUGAACGCCGGUGUGGGUCUUUAAAUACUCUCUCUCUCUCUCUCUCUCUCUCUCUCAUCAUAGUACAAAGGAAGCCCCUCGAUUCACUCCUCGCAUCUCUGUGCGCUGUCUCGAUUCCCAGAGAGAGAGAAACACAGAGAUUUUAGACAAGGGACAGGGAGAGAGGAAGAGCAGCAGCAUCAAUGGCGUUCGUGUCGUUCCUCGGGAGAGUCCUGUUUGCUUCUGUCUUCAUACUCUCCGCCUGGCAAGAGUUUAAUGAAUUUGGCAUUGACGGUGGGCCAGCGGCAAAGUCCCUGACUCCGAAGUUCGAUAUUUUCACUAAACAUGUGUCAGUUCAGACAGGGCUGCAAGUGCCAGAGGUUGAAAUCAAAUAUCUAGUUGCCGCAGCUAUUGGUGUGAAGGCUCUCGGAAGCCUUCUUUUCGUCCUUGGCAGCUCUCUUGGAGCUUAUCUGCUGCUUCUGCACCAAGCAAUUGCCACUCCACUCUUGUACGACUUCUACAACUACGAUGUUGACAAGAAAGAAUUUGCUCAGCUUUUUGUCAAGUUUACACAGAGCUUGGCAUUGUUGGGGGCAUUGCUCUUCUUUAUCGGCAUGAAGAAUUCGAUGCCGAGGAGAAUCAAGAAGAAGGCUCCCAAAACUAAGACAGUUUGAGAGAGAAGGGAAUGGGUUCGGGGUUUUUUGUUGUUGGUACUUGGUCUCUCAAUGCCAUUGUGAACUGGAUUUCACUCAAAAACUGAAGGGCUGAGUUUCAUAUGCUUUGUAGAACACAGCAGACAGUUCUUGUUCUUCUUUUCCUUUUCGUCUAGGCUUAUUUUGACCUUUCAACAUUUAGGGUGUGAAUUCUGAUUCUGGAUUUAUGUGUUUUUUUCUUGGGAAUUAUUUACCACAGAGUAUGAGGAAAA